CUCCUAUUGGGCAAGUGGCUUGAAGUUCAUUUCUUCUUUUCCCCGUGCCCUGCCCCUUUUAAGCUUUGGGCAGCAGCAGCUUGAAGAACAGGCUCGCCUCUUCGAAAAGUCGUACACAUAAUUCAAGACCGGAUUGAACUUGGGUAAGUUGUGUAUAUUCUGUCCAGAUGAGCAGGAUACAAUAAUUCAUUGUAUUCAUUCAUUCAUUCAUUCAUUCGCAUUUGGGGUUCUGGUUCCUCUAAGCGGCUGAUUUGCACCCAGAGGAGUCUGAAAUGAGAUCCUUCACAAAUAAGGAAGCAUAGCCCUUGAGGAAAUGGGGGCCUGUUCCCUAUCUCUUUGGUAGGCAGAGGUGAAGGGAAUGACACCAGGCUUCUAACUAAGCAUUCUGUUGCUUUCUCUCAAUGGCUAUUCUCUCAAUAAAGCUCAUUCUAUCAAAUGCAAAAUGUGUGUCUCUGUGCCUACGUUUUGCCUAUGAAGAGCUCAGAAGCUCUUUACGAGUGAAAGCAGGAAAUCAGAGAAACUUGUUCUUUUCAGAGAGAAUUAGGCAAAUCUUUAACGAACUCCUGCAUAACAAAACACUUUCUUUCCACAAGAACCGGAAUAUACAACAUGAUGAACAUAAUAGACAUUGUCUGUGAACAGAUAUUCUUUUUUGUUUUGUUUUUUUGUUUUUGUAAAACACAGCUUGGGUUGGGGGGUGCUUUUCAUCAGGAAAGUUGCUCAUGUUCCUUUUGGGAGUAAAGCGACACAGCUUGCAAUAUGCUACCUGAACCAAUCACGGGGUGAUGGAUAAUAAUAAUAAUAAUAAUAAUAAUAAUAAUAAUAAUAAUAAUUUAUUAUUUGUACCCUGCCAAUUUGGCUGGGCUUCCCCAGCCACUCUGGGCAGCUUCCAAAAAAAUAUUAAAAUACUGUAAAAUACAUCAAACAUUAAAAGCUUCCCUAAACAGGGCUGUCUUCAGAUGUCUUCUAAAAGUCUGGUAGUUGUUGUUCUCUUUGACAUCUGGUGGGAGGGCGUUCCACAGGGAGGGCGCCACUACCGAGAAGGCUCUCUGCCUGGUUCCUCUAACUUGGCUUUUCGUAGUGAGGGAACCGCCAGAAGGCUCCUCGGUGCUGGACCUCAGUGUCCGGGUAGAACGAUGGGGGUGGAUACGCUCCUUCAGAUAUACUGGACUGAGGCCGUUUAGGGCUUUAAAGGUCAGCACCAACACUUUGAAUUGUGCUUGGAAACUGGGAGCCAAUGUAGGUCUUUCAAGACCAGUGUUAUAUGGUCUCGGCGGCCACUCUCAGUCACCAGUCUAGCUGCUGCAUUCUGGAUUAGUUGUAGUUUCCGGGUCACCUUCAAAGGUAGCCCCACAUAGAGCGCAUUGCAGUAGUCCAAGCGAGAGAUAACCAGAGCAUGCACCACUCUUGCAAGGCAGUCCGCAGGCAGAUAGGGUCUCAGCCUACGUACCAGAUGGAGCUGGUAAACAGCUGCCCUGGACACAGAUUUGACCUGUGCCUCCAUGGACAGCUGUGAGUCCAAAAUGACUCCCAGGCUGCACACCUGGUCCUUCAGGGGCACAGUUACCCCAUUCAGGACCAGGGAAUCCUCCACACCUGCCUGCCUCCUGUUCCCCAAAGAAAGAAAGAAAGGCAACCCAUUCUUCCCUCUCUUUUGGUAACUACUGGUUGGUAAAGUACAUUACUUCCUCUCCGGCAUUCCUUCUUUUCUUCUUUCCUGCUUCAUGUUAGUCCAAAUAUGACUUAGCAUGUGUUGAGAUAAGCCCUCGGUCCACCUAGCUCACCAUUAUGUUCGCUGAUGUGGGGAAUUUGCCUCCCUAUAAUGUCCUCAAAAUCACAUAGUUUUGGACCGCUUAAAUGUCCCCCCCCCCCCCAGGUCUCUCUCACUCAAAAUUAUCAUCUUCCUAGCCAGGCAAACAUUUGUAGAACUGUAAGUUUCUGAUGUUUGGAAAUCUAAUACAGUGGUACCUCGGGUUAAGUACUUAAUUCGUUCCAGAGGUCCAUUCUUAACCUGAAACUUGACUUAACCUGAAGCACCACUUUAGCUAAUGGGGCCUUCUGCUGCCGCUGUGCCGCCGGAGCACGAUUUCAGUUCUCAUGCUGAAGCCAAGUUCUUAACCCAAGGUACUAUUUCUGGGUUAGCGGAGUCUGUAACCUGAAGCGUCUGUAACCUGAAGUGUAUGCAACCCGAGGUACCACUGCAUUUGAUACCAGAGACUGUUGGGUCUGCAAUGAAGCUUGAUAUUUGGUCCCUGGGAUUUUAUGCAGCUGAAGAAAUGAUACCAGCUGAAUAACUGAUAUGCAGGAUAUAAACAAAUAUACUAAUCAUAAUCAUACUCAUUAUUUUUGCCAGGUUUGAAUGCAUCCUUGAACUUUGAUAAUGCCUCUUGCAUACUCUGUCCUGCUUUGAGCUGGACACCCAGGUAUUACAAAAGCUAUCUGGCUUCUGAUUGGCUUCUGGGAUGUCCCAUUUUGGCUUCUGAGAGAGUGUGGCCCUGAAAGACAUGUACUUGCACAAGUACGGCCCUGAAACACAUGCACCUUGAUUUCCAUCUGCAGCAUGUUGGAGGGUUCUCUUGCUUGUCUGGAUGCGACAUAGAAGGGAGUGUGCAUGAAUCUGUGCAGAAGAUAUCCUAGUAAAUUUUACAUUUGCUGCUUGACACACUUUGACCUCUGGCCCUAACUUGCUGCAGUAGGAUGCAUUGUGUGUUUGUGUACUAUAAAACAUUUGGCAAUCACAACAGUCAACCAGCCCCCAGAUUUCCUGAAAGGAAGAAGGGGGGAAACAUAAUGGUGGGACAUAGGUGAUUACAAAGGUUUAUUUAACAGGUGGAGGGCUGGGCGCAAGAUGAUGAUUCUGAUAGUUAUGCAGUUUAAGGUAGGUUCCUAAGCAACAAAGGAGGAGAGGAUGGAGUCCAACAUCUGAGUCAUUCAUAUAGUUGAGUCUCUGAGUGUCUGCUGCUGUUAGGUCUGCACAGUCAUGGGAUGGGAUGCAGCUAUUUGUCUCGGGUCUCCUCCGCACUUCCAAUUGUGCCAUGCUUAGAAAGCAGAGGUCCAAGUGGUUUUCCACUUGACCCACUCCUUUCCAAGGGAGAGCUCGUUCUUUAGUGAUACAUCACAAUACAUGGAAAUUAAAGUGUGGCUAAGCCCUCAGUCUCCUUAAAGCCCCGGCUGUGGAUGUGAAUGAAGGCUGCUCUGUGAACACAGCUGGUGCCAGCUCCUGGUGCAGCUUUUAAGAACCCCAGAUUCCCAUCAUUAGCAGGGUUAUGUGAAGAUUUGUAAGAUGAAAUUGCUACCUAUUCAGGUUGAGUAAUAUAAUAUUUUAGGUAAUGCUGUAACAAGGAUAGGAAAUGAAGCGAAAUGUAAAGGUGUAAAGUUUAAUUUUGGAAACCAUCAGAUUGGAUAGAGUGAAGUCAUUAGGUUCAGUUGAGCCAAAGAGAUAAAAUAAGAGGCUACAAUGUUACAUAAUGUGAUUAUAUGUAAAACCAAUAAAUUCAUUUAUGUAUAUAUAUAAAUAAGAAUCCCAGACUCCUGGCAGGGUCCCCCUUGCUUAAAUAUAUUUUGUCAUUUAUUCAGGACCUCCCAUUCGUGCCAAUCAUAUUUAACUUUGUUUCAAUAGAGGCUUCCAACAAAUGCUACAUAUUCUCCCACCACAUUUCCUAUAAGGAAAUGUCCUAUAUACCGUAUUUUUUGCUCUAUAAGACUCACUUUUUCUCUCCUAAAAGGUAAGGGGAAAUGUGUGUGCGUCUUAUGGAGCGAAUGCAGGCUGCGCAGCUGUCCCAGAAGCCAGAACAGCAAGAAGGAUUGCUGCUUUCACUGCAUAGCGAACCCUCUUGCUGUUCUGGCUUCUGAGAUUCAGAGUAUUUAUUUUCUUGUUUUCCUCCUCCAAAAACUAGGUGUGUCUUGUCGUCUGGUGCGUCUUAUAGAGCGAAAAAUACUGUAGGUGUAUUUCCUGUAAGGUGUAUAAGAUGCCUUAAGAAAUAGACAUCUCUUUAAUGUUUUCCCCUUUUCUUCCUCUUCUUUUUCCUCCCAGAAGAUUCUUAGACGCCACCAUGCUGGUCUCUGGCUGCCCGCUGGUUCGUCUGGCCAUCCUUCUCAGCAUCCUCCUGGUGCAGUCCUGCGAAGGGCAGUCUUGGGAAGCUUUUCAAAACAAGCACAUUGAUUAUCCCCAGACCCGAGCCUCCAACCCCAGUGCCUACUGCAACCUCAUGAUGGUGAAGAGGAAUCUAAACCCAAGUAGAUGCAAACCGAGGAAUACUUUCAUCAAUCAUGACAAGGAGUCUGUCCUACAAGUCUGCGGCAAUGGUGGGACGCAGUGGCAAGGUAAAUUCUAUGACAGCAACGAGAACUUCCCCAUGAUUGACUGCAGCUACACCGAUGGUAAACCUCCUAAGGACUGCAAAUACAAAGGCACAGAGACCUCCAAACGCGUUCGUGUGACCUGUGAAAACAAGAAGCCCGUUCACCUGGAGAAGGUGCUGUGAUAGGCAGAAAACCACGCAAGCCACACUCUGCCCAUUGAAGCCAGAACGCUUCUUUGGCCAUUUCUCCCUGCAAUGCAACCACAUCAUUGAAUUUCCCCAGUUUAACAGUCAUUUGCCCUUUUCAGGGGACCCUGGGAGCUGUGGCUCUAAGGACAAUGACGCCAGGCUUCUAACUACGCAUUCUGUUGCUUUCUCUCAAUGGCUAUUCUCUCAAUAAAGCUCAUUCUAUCAAAAGCAAAA